CAAGGAGUUGUAAUAAAUUACAUCACCCAAUACAAAUUCAUCUUGCCAGAUAAAUUAGGCGCCCCUCUCUCUCUCUCUCUCUCUCUCUAGAACUCUUCCCCCUUCUUUCUCUCUCUAGAAUUCGCGGUGGAUCAAAUGCUGCAACUUUUCUUCGCCGUAGCCUUCUCGGCGGUGCCUCUCACACUCUACGUUCCGCCGAUCCGAAGCCUGAACCUCUUUAUCGAGACCGUGGAGCAAUUCCUACGCCAGACCACCGUGUACACCGUCAGAGCCUUCCCUCGCUUCCGACUCGCCUUCUCCAGAUUAUUCGCCUCUGUCAUUCGCGUCCCAAGGUAGUAGAUUCAACACAUCAAUCUCUUCCCUUCCACCCUAGAAUUCUCAAAUAAUAGGUAUAAUUAACUUUUUUCUUUUUUCUUUUUAAAAUUUUGGUUAUGUAUGAUUUGUAUGUGUAGUUGACUGUGGGACUAAAAUGUACAUCGACUGUAUUUUUCAAAGAAAUCUCAAGAUGAUCUAAGCAUGAGAAUUAGGUUUUAUUGA